AUGGUGCUCACCAGUUUCUUGCCAGCUCCAACCCAGCUUUGCCAAGAUCAGCUAGAAGCAGAAGAAAGAGCAGGAGCUCAGAGAUGCAGGCAGACUGCUCUGGUUUCCUCACAAAGGGAACCUCCCCCAUAUGGUUACCGGAAAGGAUGGAUACCGCGGGCGCUGGAGGAUUUUGGAGAUGGGGGCGCCUUCCCAGAAAUUCACGUGGCCCAAUAUCCAUUGGAUAUGGGCCGAAAGAAGAAAAUGUCCAAUGCUUUGGCUCUUCAGGUGGAUGCAGAAGGGAAAAUAAAAUACGAUGCAAUUGCUCGACAAGGACAGUCAAAGGACAAGGUCAUUUACAGCAAGUACACAGAUCUUGUGCCAAAAGAGGUCAUGAAUGUGGAUGAUCCUGAACUGCAGAGACCAGAUGAGAACGCAGUUAGAGAGAUAACAAAGAAGACAAGAGCAGCCUUGGAGAAAUUAGUGUCCCAAAAAGUUGCAGCAGCCAUGCCAGUUGGAGCUGCUGAGAAGGCAGCUCCUGCACAGUACAUUCGGUACACACCAUGUCAGCAAGGAGCUGCGUUCAACUCUGGAGCGAGGCAGAGAGUUAUUCGGGUGGUGGAAAUGCAGAAGGACCCUCUGGAGCCUGCAAGAUUCAAAAUUAACAAGAAGAUUCCACGGGGACCACCAUCUCCUCCAGCACCUGUAAUGCACUCUCCAAGCAGAAAGAUAACUGUGAAAGAGCAGCAAGAGUGGAAAAUUCCUCCGUGCAUUUCAAACUGGAAAAAUGUGAAGGGUUACACCGUUCCCUUGGAGAAGCGUCUGGCCGCAGAUGGCAGAGGAUUGCAGGCUGUUCAUAUUAAUGAAAACUUUGCCAAACUUGCUGAGGCGCUCUAUAUUGCUGACAGAAAGGCCCGCGAGGCAGUGGAGAUGCGUGCCCAGGUGGAGAGGAAGAUGGCUCAGAAAGAAAAGGAGAAGCACGAGCAAAAGCUCCGAGAAAUGGCUCAGAAAGCCAGGGAGAGAAGAGCAGGGAUCAAAACCCCUGUUGAAAAAGAGGAUGGAGAGGCUAGAGCGAGAGAUGAAAUCAGACACGACCGGCGCAAGGAGAGACAGCACGACAGGAACCUUUCCCGGGCAGCUCCUGGUAAGAGGUCAAAGCUGCAAAGAAAUGAGAACAGAGAUAUCAGUGAGGUUAUUGCCCUGGGGGUACCCACCCGCAGGCCAUCCAAUGAAAUCCAGUAUGACCAGAGGCUCUUCAACCAGAGCAGGGGGAUGGACAGUGGCUUUGCUGGAGGAGAGGAUGAAAUGUAUAAUGUUUAUGACCAGCCAUGGAGAAGUGGCAAGGAUAUGGCCCAAAACAUCUACAGGCCAAGUAAGAGUAUGGAUAAGGACAUGUAUGGAGAUGAUCUAGAGGCUCAACUAAAGACCAAGAGGUUUGUUCCUGACAAAGAGUUUUCCGACUUGGAUCGUAACAGCAGAGGCAGGAGCAGAGAUGGACCGGUUCAAUUUGAGGAGGAUCCAUUUGGUUUGGACAAGUUUCUGGAAGAAGCUAAGAAACACGGUGGUUCCAAACGGCCAUCAGACAGCAGCUGCCCUAAGGAACACGAGCAUCAGAGCAAGAAGACAAGGAAGGACUGA